GUGAUGUUAGGGAUUGUUAAGUUUAAGUUAUGUUAGAUAGGUUUAAGUUAAGGUUAUUUUCGAGAUGGUUAAGUUGAGGUUGUAUGUGUUAGUUAAGAGAUGGUUAAUACAGGAGUUUGGUUAGAGAGAUGCUUGGUUUAGUUUAGUUUAGGCACUGAGCAAUGCGCUUGGUACCGCACGCACGACGCACUGUCGCAUUCGCGCGGUACCGCAGUCUGCGCGCCUCCAGUCUCACGGAUACAUAAUAUUAUGGUUUAUGUUACCAUAUAAACAAUGGGGCUUUCAUUUUGCCUAUUAUCCGUAAAACAGGAGCUUUGAAUCCUCCCACACGCAUCAAUGGAUGUCCGGUCGUCGGAAAGCUGUCCGGUAUAUGCCGGGCAGAGGAUGAACGGCUCCAGCUCCGGUAACGGAGGGAAGAUAUCCAAGAAGUCGCGGAGCAGAAAAGGCAAACGAGGCCGCAGAAGGAAGAGUAGGAAGAGCCGGAGCAACAAAUCCCCACCGCCGUAUUUACCUCCGGAGGCAGAAGAAGGAAACAUUGAAUAUAAGCUGAAGCUGGUGUCCCCGACGCCGCAGCGCUUCGAGCACCUGGCCACGCAGCUGAAGUGGCGGCUGCAGGAGGGCGGGGGCGAGGCGGUGUACCAGAUCGGGGUGGAGGACAACGGCAUGCUGGUGGGCCUCGGCCAGGAGGACAUGAAGGCCUCGCUACACACCCUGCAGAGGAUGGCCGAGAAGGUUGGAGCAGAUAUAACCGUCCUCAGAGAGAGGGAGGUGGAGUACAACUCAGACCGGAAGUCCAGAAAGAUCACUGAGGUUCUGGUGCGGAAGGUUCCAGAUGACCAACAGUUCCUGGACCUGCGGGUGGCGGUCCUGGGGAACGUGGACUCUGGGAAGUCCACCCUGCUGGGGGUCCUGACCCAGGGGGAGCUGGACAACGGGCGUGGCCGCGCUCGCCUCAACCUCUUCAGACACCUCCACGAGAUCCAGACGGGGCGCACCUCCAGCAUCAGCUUUGAGAUCCUGGGCUUCAACAGCAAGGGAGAGGUGGUGAACUACAGUGAUUCGCGCACGGCAGAGGAGAUCUGUGAGAACUCGUCUAAGAUGAUCACCUUCAUGGACCUGGCGGGCCACCACAAGUACCUGAAGACCACCAUCUUCGGCCUGCUCAGCUACGGACCCGACUUCGCCAUGCUGGUGGUCAGCGCCAACACCGGCAUAGCGGGGACCACCCGGGAGCACCUGGGCCUGGCCCUGGCCCUCAAGGUGCCCAUCUUCCUGGUGCUGAGCAAGGUGGACCUGUGCUCGCGCUCCACGGUGGAGCGCACCCUGAGGCAGCUGGAGCGCGUCCUGAAGCAGCCGGGCUGCAACAAGGUGCCCUUCCUCGUGACCGGGCCCGACGACGCCGUCACCGCCGCACAGCAGUUCACACAGUCCACCAGCAUCACCCCCAUCCUCCUGGUCUCCAGUGUGGGGGGGGAGGGGCUGAAACUCCUCCAGGAGUUCCUCAACAUCCUCCCUCCUCUGAGCAGCAGCCAGGAGCAGGAGGAGCUCAUGGAGCAGCCCACCGAGUUCCAGGUGGACGAGAUCUACUCUGUUCCUGAUGUUGGGACCGUGGUGGGGGGCACUCUGUACAGCGGGGUGUGCCGGGAGGGCGAGCGCCUCCUGGUGGGCCCUACGGACGCGGGGGGUUUCCUGCGGCUGCGGGUGGGCAGCAUCCAGAGGAACCGCUCCGGGUGUCGCCUGCUGCGGGCCGGCCAGGCCGCCACGCUGGCCCUGGGCAACUUCGACCGCUCGCUGCUACGCAAGGGCAUGGUGAUGGUGAGUCCCAGGGUGAACCCGACCAUCUGCUGUCAGUUUGAGGCGUCCAUCGUGCUCCUCUUCCACGCCAAGACCUUCCGCCGGGGGUCCCAGGUCACCGUGCACGUGGGCAACGUCCGACAGACCGCCACCGUUCUCUGCAUGCAGGGGAAGGAGGAGCUGCGUACGGGGGAGCGGGCGGUGGUUCGGUUCCGCUUCAUCAAGCACGCCGAGUACCUGCGGCUGGGAGCCAAGCUGCUCUUCAGAGAGGGCGUGGCUAAGGGCAUCGGUCACGUGACCCGGCUGCUUCCCGCCUCCAACAACCUAGACCAGAACCAGAACCAGCGACCUCAUAGGCACGACGCUGAGGGGGAGGGUCACCCCAACACCGACGCUACCCGCAAACCCCGCCCCCAUCCGUCAUCACCUCUCCAGUGAACUCUGACCUGGCUUA